AUGCGGUAUUGUUCAUAUUUCGUCAUAUUUUAUUUUUUUUUAUUUAUUAAUUUAAUAACAUCAAAACAAAUACCAUUAAUUGGACUUUUUACAUCUGAUAAUCAUAAUAAUCGUUCAUCAACAUUUAUUAUUGAUUAUGCAUUAAAUCAUUUAAAAACAGUACAAAAUUUAACAACAGAACUUUUUAUACAACAUAGUGAACAAGAUAUUCCAUGUGAUAUGGCUAUUGGUACGAAAAUGGUUUUUGAUAUGAUUAGUCGAAGACCAAGACCAUUGGCUAUAUUUAGUGGUUCUUGUCAAACAGUAGCAUCAGCUAUUGCUGAAACAGCUGGAAUAUAUGAUAUGACUUUUAUUAUUUAUUCUGAAACAAGUUCGCUUUUUACAGCUAGAGAAAAAUAUCCAUCAUUAAUUCGAACAGUACCUGGUGAUUCUCAACAUAAUAUAGCACGAAAACUUUUAUUAAAAAAAUAUAAUUGGCGACGUUUUGGAAUAUUAUAUCAAUAUGAAAGACAAUAUACAAUGCCUGUAACACGAUUUAAUGAUCUUUUACAAGAUGAUAUUGAAUGGGAAAAUGCUUUAUCAAAAGGUAUUUCAUUUAAUGAUCUUGAUGAAACUCAAGGUAAUCGAACACGAAAUUCAUUAAAAGAUGCAUUUGAUGAAAUACAGAGAAAUAAUAUUCGUAUUAUUCUGGGAAAUUUUAAUUCAACUAUGGCUAUUCGAAUAUUUUGUGAAGCAUUUCGUUAUAAUUUAUAUGGUUCACGUUUUCAAUGGAUUAUUGUUGGUUAUUAUGAAUCGGAAUGGUGGUUAAAAAAUUCAGGUCCUUGUAAUACAUCAGAAAUUUUACAAGCACUUAAUGGUACAUUACAAACACGUGUAGCUGAAUUUGGUUAUAAUAUGAAUUCUCGGACAAUGGCUGAUUUAACAGCAGCACAAUUUCAAUUUGAUUUAAAAUAUCUAACAAAUUUUUCUUAUCAAUCAAAUUCAUAUUUUAUUGGUUAUAAAUUUGAUGCAAUUUUAAUUUUAACAUUUGCUUUUGAAAAAUUAGAACAAACAUUAUUAAAAAAAAAUUAUUCAACUAAUUUUUCUAUUGAUUCAAUAUGGCGUCAAACAUAUUGGCGUAUUGAAUUAUUAAAUAUAAUAAAAAAUCUUGAUAUACAAGGUGUUACAGGACGUAUACAUUUUAAUAAUGGUGAUCGUAUUGGUGAAAUUGUAAUUGAACAAAUUUUAGUAUCUCAUAGACGCAAAUCUAAAAUUGUUGAUAUUAUAAAAUUAUUUGUUGCAUUACCAACAAAUCAAUCAACAUAUAUUCUUUUACCUGCUAAAAAUGAAAGAAAUAUUACAUGGCAUGGUCAUGGACCUCCAAAUGAUCGUAUUAAACGUAUUGAACGUGAUCAAAGAAUUUCUAUAUUAACAUAUACAAUAAUGGCAACAAUUAGUGGAACAGGAAUAUUUUUAGCAAUAUGUUUUUUUGUUUUUAAUAUUGUUUUUCGUACACAUAGAUUUAUUCGAAUGUCAAGUCCACAAAUAAAUAAUUUAAUUAUAGCUGGUUGUAUUCUUUCAUAUAUUAGUGUUCUUUUAAUGGGUAUUGAUUCAACAUUACUUGGUAAAAGAAGUUCAGAAUCAACUAUGAAUUUUAUUUGUGCAGCUCGUGUAUGGACAUUAUCUAUUGGUUUUACGAUAUCAUUUGGAGCUAUAUUUAGUAAAACAUGGCGUGUACAUACAAUAUUUACUAAUGUUAAUGCAUCAAAAAGAGCAGUUAAAGAUUAUCGUCUUUUUAUAUUUGUUGGAAUACUUUUUGCUAUUGAUACAGUUUUAUUAACUGCAUGGCAAAUAGUUGAUCCAUUAAAAAUGUUUAAAAAUAUUAGUCAAAAACAGACUCAAGAUGAAGAUAUUGUUAUUCUAUGGAUUUAUGAAGAAUGUCGAUCAAAUCGUCGAUCGAUUUGGAUUACAAUGCAAUCGAUAUAUAAAGGUGUACUUAUGGUUGUUGCUUCUCGUUUUGCAUGGGCAACACGAAAUGUUCAUAUAGUAGCAUUAAAUGAUUCAAAAUAUGUUGGUAUGAGUCUUUAUAAUGUUGUUUUAUUAAGUACAACAACAGCAGUUGUUGGUUAUUUUUUACGUGAUCAACAUGAACGUUCAUAUAUAUUAACAUCAAUAUUUAUUUUACUUUGUGUAACAAUAACAUUAUGUUUAGUAUUUGUACCAAAAGUUCGUGAAGUAGCAAAAGAUCCACGUUCAAGAGCAAAACCACAACGUCCUAUUAUAUCGACUGUUAGAACAAAAUCACCACAAAUUAAAAUUCAAGAAAAACAUAUUUUAACAAAUUAUAAUCGACAAUUUAUUUCAAAAAUAAAACAAUUAACAGAUCAAAAUGAUAUAUUAAAAUCAAAUGCAAUUAAGUGUGAUGAAUUGAUUAGUAAACUCUUAUCAGCUUUAGAAGAUACAAGUAGCAAACAACAUCAAUUUGAAAUAUUUAUACCUUCAUCAAUGAUAUUGAAUGAUGAUACAACCAAUACACACGAAUCUGAAUGGUUAUUUGAAAAUGAAAAUCAAAUGAAAAACUAA